CUGGGACCAGAGGGCGAGAAAAUCGGCGUUGCGAGAGCUGCUUGUUUUUCCCACUUAACCAGUAGAACAAAAGAAGACUGAUACUUUACGUUAAGCUUUAAGAUUUUAUACGUGUUUCGCUAAAAAAAAGUCCGAGAAAUAUAUUGGCUCCUGCACGCAGAACGCAGAAUUCAGAAUAAACAUUUAAUUUCCAUGAAGAAACGGCACAUUGAUUGGCCACCACGUCCUGUAUGUAGAAACCAAUGGCCUGUCGCACUCGUCAGCGAAUCGACCACGGUUCGACACCACGGCGGCGACUUAAGAGUGAGACUUUUAGCGCGCGCGAGACAGACCAGCACGGACGUUCGUGAGAGAGCCGGUGUUUAGUGCACGGCGAUCGGCCACUCACGUGUUCGGCGACAUGCGACACUCGUAGCGGUAAUCUCGUAUGGUGUGGCUUUUCGCGAACCCUAAACAUAACCUUUAAAACGAUGGCUACUGAAGAAGCUUUUGAACAGUUCGAAGACGAAGAAGCGGAGCUUCCCCUUGGUGGCACUCUCCCCGGUGGAAGGAAGCGUCUCUUCUCCAAAGAAUUACGCUGCAUGAUGUAUGGUUUUGGCGAUGACCAGAAUCCUUACACAGAAAGCGUUGACUUGCUGGAAGAUUUGGUUAUUGAAUACAUAACCGAGAUGACACACAGAGCUAUGGAGAUUGGACGUACAGGGCGAGUUCAGGUUGAGGAUAUAGUAUUUUUAGUAAGAAAGGAUCCCAGAAAAUACGCCAGAGUAAAAGACCUGUUGACAAUGAACGAGGAACUCAAGAAAGCAAGAAAAGCUUUCGACGAGGUUAAAUAUGCAGUUUCUAGCAAAGAGGAAGCAUAGAGCGAGAGAAAGAGAGAAAAAAGAGAAUUUGCUUCCAAAAGAGAAACGUAAAUAAGUGAAUAUAAUAUAUUAUUAUACACAUAUAUAUAUAUAAUUUUUUUUUCAAAUAUAUUGUUUAUUGUUUUCAAAUGUAUUGUUUGAUAAAGAUGAUCAUGAAACUUGAGACUAAGUCUCUGAUCUCUUUGUUACGAUGAAAAGGAAGCGACAAAUUUCUGUGAUUAGCUGAUAGAGCAAUUUUGUAUCAUACUUCACACAUCUCUCUAUAUAUCGAUACUUUUAAUGAGACAAUAUCUUUUGUAUUCGCCCUACAGCGAACUAUAUACUCUGUGUACCUGUAAUACAAAUACAAAACUGCAUAACAAAACACCGUUUCGUCGCUCAAUUUUUGUAC